GUUGACACGGGACGAAAACGGUUGCUGAAUCGUGACUUUUAAUUCGUUCGAAAUUCUUAUGAACUACAAGUGCUUUGCUUAUAUAGUGCUUAAUUUUAUUAUUACUGAUCACAAUGCCUAAGGUUUCAGUAAAGGUAAAAUGGGGGAAGGAGAUGUUCCCGGGGGUGGAAGUGAACACAGACGAUGAUCCUGUGGUGUUCAAGGCACAAAUCUUUGCACUGACGGGAGUGCAGCCUGAGAGACAGAAGGUCGUCUGCAAGGGCAUCACACUCAAGGAUGAUGCGUGGGGUAACUUCAAGUUGACCAAUAAUGCUCUGGUGCUGGUGAUGGGCAGUAAGGAGGAGGACGUGCCGGCGGCGCCCGUGGAACAGACGCGCUUCGUCGAGGACAUGAACGAGUCAGAACUCGCCACCGCUUUGGAUCUGCCUGAGGGUUUGAUCAACUUGGGUAACACUUGCUACAUGAAUGCCACAGUACAGUGCCUGAAGACAGUACCAGAACUGAAGAAUGCAUUGCUCGCCUACGACAAAAGCUCGGCGGGCGGCACGGCGGGCGACCUGACGACGGCGCUGAGCGAGACCAUGUGUGCGCUGGAGGGCGGCGGCGCGGGCGCGUGCGCGGGCGCCGCGGCGCGGCUGCUGCGCGCGCUGCACGCCACGGCGCCGCGCUUCGCCGAGCGCGGGCCCGGCGGCGGGCUGGCGCAGCAGGACGCCUCCGAGUGCUGGAGCGAGAUCGUGCGCGCGCUGCAGCAGCGGCUGCCCGCCGCGCCCGCCACCGCCGGCAGCAGGUCUAACAUAGUGGAGCAGUACUUCGGGGGCACGCUGGACGUGGAGCUGGUGUGCUCGGAGGCCGACGAGCCGCCCUCGCGCUCCACCGAGUCCUUCCUCCAGCUGUCCUGCUUCAUCUCGCAAGACGUGAAGUAUCUGCAGUCGGGGCUACGCUCGAAAAUGUCGGAACAAAUCACAAAAAUGUCACAGACUUUGGGAAGAGAUGCAAUCUACACAAAAACGAGUAAAAUCAGCCGGCUGCCGGCGUACCUGACGGUGCAGUUCGUGCGGUUCUACUUCAAGGAGAAGGAGUCCAUCAACGCCAAGAUCCUCAAGGACGUGAAGUUCCCGCUCGAGCUGGACGUGUUCGAGCUGUGCUCGCCCGAGCUGCAGGAGCGGCUCGCGCCCAUGAGGAGCAAGUUCAAGGAAUUGGAAGACGCGUCAGUGGAGACGUCGCUCAGUUCACGAAACAAAAACCACGGCGACAGUAAAAAGGAUAGCAAUAAGACAGUUCUGCCCUACUGGUUCGAAGAUGACGUGGGCAGCAACAACAGCGGCUACUACCGGCUGCAGGCCGUGCUGACGCACCGCGGGCGCUCGUCGUCGUCGGGCCACUACGUGGCGUGGGUGGCGCGCGGGGACGGCUGGCUGCGCUGCGACGACGACAACGUCACGCCCGUGCCCGAGGACGAGGUGCUCAAGCUCAGCGGCGGGGGCGACUGGCACUGCGCCUACCUGCUGUUGUACGGGCCCAAGGUGCUGGAGCUGCCGACGCCGGAGCCCGAGCCCAUGCAGGUGGAGCCCGAGCAGCCCGACGCGCCCACUGCGCAGGCGUAACAGGUCAAUGACGCCGGGGCUUGGUAGCGAGCUGUUAGCCUCACGUGGCCCUAAAAAUACCGGCCAUAGUGUGACAAAUUCUUGAUAAAACACUACAAAACGUAGUUAGCAUAAAGCUGCUGAUAAAUAACGCGAAUUUUAAGCGCAAGCAAUCAGCAAAGAGACAAAAACAUUGUGAUGUCCUUACGUGUAGAUACUUUCGCUUUUUGCGGCGGAUUCGUCUUAGUAUGUUCCUCGUUAAAAGUAACAUGAUAGAAUGACAGCAGGACAAAUAUAGUAUACAGACUAGUGCAAAAGAAAAAGACAGAAGUGUGAAAGAGUCAUAUCACUCGUCUCUUUCGCGCUGUAGUCUGUGUUCAAGUAGUUGUCGCAGCCCGCGGUAUGGUCGCGGUGAGGGGGGGGGGACGUUGUUUACUGUGCUGCUGGCUGACAAGAUAUGUAUGAUUUUUAACCUGUAAAAUGAAAAAUAAAACUAUAGAACGAUACGAACGUGUUUAUAACGGUAACUCCGCCCCGCACCAAUUCCAAUCGGGCGCCGACCUCACCCCCUGUGGGUCUUACUUUAGUCUUAAAUGGUUGUAUGCCGCUAAGAAGUAACAGAGAGAGCGCGCGGACUGUGUCCUGCUCGCUCUUACGCGUUAGGCGGCACAUGGUAAGGAGAUUUUAAUAUAGAUGUCUGGAGUGUAAAAAAUGAAAACUAAGAACUGGGUUCUUAAUUAUUUUUUUUUAAAACAUCUGCUGUCGUCGGACAGGUUUUGAUUUCGGAGACGCGAGCGCACACGUCACGAUUAGGGCUAACAUGCGGAACGUGAUAAAAUUUUGUCACGGUCAUUUUAUCGAUUCUGACGAUAUAAUUGUCGUUUUGUCGAUUGGUGCUAAUAUGUGAACCCAAAUAAGUCAUGUCGUUCUGUCAAAAUACGAACAAAAUCACGUGCCACGCAUGUUAGGGGGAAAAAACAAACUUAUCGAUUUGGACAAAAAUUAUUGAACAGAUCGAUAAUUUUAUCACGUUGCUCAUGUUAGCUCCUCAGGUCAAAAUCAAAUCAAAUCAAAUGCAUUUAUAGUAUAACUAUAUGUAAACAAAUAGCAGGCCUUAUGCUUAUAGUAUGACAUUCUCUAUAGUUUACCUUUUACGUCAGGCCGCCUAUUGUACUCUUUCUAUGUCUUUUGUUUUGUAUUUUCCUGCGGGCUUAGUACCGUAAGCGCGCGACUCUUUCUCGCCUCGACAUACGUCACCCGUCACUCUCUCACAGUACUGUACAGAAAGAGACAGACGAUCUCUGCCGCGGCGAGAAGGAGUCGCGUGCUUACGGUACGGUGCUAGGCCCGUGCAAAAAAGUAUUUGUUACGUUAUGUUAUGUCACACUACCUCUCCCGCCCUGCCGUGAGCAUAUCGAAGGCGGUGACAACUUGCGCGCAGACUAUAGAGCGAAAUAGACAUCUCUCUCUUUCACACUAGUCUGUAUACUAUAUCACUAUCCUACUGUCAUUUUAAUCGUAACAAGCUCUGUAACAGUAUCACGUUACUGUUACAGUAACAGCUCGCUAGUAAGUGACCGGCUUUAAAAGCUUAUUACCGACCUAUGUUCCACGGCCCGCUCGUUUCGCCACCAACAACUACCUACCGGCAAUCCGUAUUGGGGUGAAAUACCAGCCCACAACGCUACAACCAGAUUUUUUGGUACUUCCAAAGGUUUUUUUAUACGUCCCACUACUGGGCACAGAACUGUCUGCGUGUGUUGAUGUCAACGGUUGAAUUUUUUCACAACGCGAUUAUAUCAAAUAUAUAUUUAAUGUCAUUAUAGUGAGUUCAUGUUCUUUAGAACCCUGUCACAUUAACAUAUUUGGCAUUUGAUGUGACUUACAGUACAAUUUGUCAAAUAAGUUAACGUGACAUGGUACUAAUAUACCUACGUAUGAAUGCUCCGUACGACCGUAUAUUGAACAUCUUUUGCUAGAUAUGUUUGCGGACUGGCGAAAUGAUAU